AUUCAUAUAAUAUUCUACUUGUUAAUGACGGAGUGCAUCAAUUUGAUAAAUGGAAAUUUUGUCUAUACAUCAUAGCUGUUCACGACAGAAGGUAGCUUUUUAUGAAAGAGUUUUCGUACAAAUACGUCGUUAAAAUAAACUGUAUUUUUGCAUUAUAAUGUCAAACUUAACGAAAGGAAAUAAUAUUUCCAUUUCAACUGUAAGAAACGCAGUCGUUAAAGAAUCGCCUGUUUUACUGCCUGGGUGGCCGAACUGUUCAUCACUACCAGACCGCCUCCCUGAUGGACCUUACGCUAUAGCGAAUGAUUGGAUUAGUGCUGGGUUACCACCAGUUAUUAUUGUGUUUGGAGUAUUUGGAAAUCUUCUGACAAUUAUUGUUUUAAACCGUUCAAGCAAAAAGCUUUCUUCAACAACUUUAUACCUCGUUUGCCUUGCAAUAUCAGACAUGGUGUUCUUGUUGAAUGGCCCACUGAGGCAAUGGAUAAGACAUACAUGGGAAUAUGAUAUCCGGGGCUUAAAUGAAAUUUUCUGCAAGUUUACAGUCUGGUUGACGUAUGGAACACUGCAAUUCUCUUCCUGGUCCCUUGUUGCUCUAACGGUAGAACGCGUUGUCAGUGUGUUGUGGCCCCACAAAGUUAGAACCAGAUGCACUACUUUUUUAUCCAAAGUGGUUGUAACAAUUCAAUUCGUAAGCAUAUUCGGACUAAACAGUCACUGGUUUUACGGGUUAGGGACAUCAAAGUUAGAAUACUAUGCUGUGAAAACAUGCAUGCCUUUAUAUGAUGAAUAUUCGUAUUUCUUCCAUCAUAUUUGGCACUGGAUAAAUUUUGUCGUCGCGUUUGCUGUUCCAUUUAUCAUACUUGUAAUUGGGAACAGCAUAAUUAUCUUCAAGUUGAAAUCUUCAGAGGAGAAGCGCAACCAGAUGAGCGUCAUGCAGACAAAAGGGAAACUACUGAAGGCGGAGAAGGAGAAGAAAACAUUAACAAUCGUGUUGAUUUCACUAAAUGCUGUAUUUUUCUUGAGCCAGACACCAAUGUCUGUUUAUUACAUUUACAUACCAUACGGAAUUGCAAAAGUGAAUGAACUUGCAUGUGAUAACUAUACUGAAUACAAAAACCAGGCGGAAAUUAUAUGGCUGUGCUAUAAUGUAGUAAAUAUCCUUGCAUACAUGAACGCGACGCUUAAUUUUGUUUUAUAUAUUAUCAGCGGUUCUCGUUUUCGUGCGGAAAUCAUAGCACUGUUUCGAUGCCAAGGAACACGUUCAAUUGGUGUGUUUGAAACAUCAGCAAGUGUAAGGAAUGGAAGGAACGGAUCUAUUGCAGAGAAGGCUACAGUGUCCACUAUAUGUACAACUGAAUAGCAAUGGUCAAAGAAGUAACAUAAAAGCGUUUGUUGCAGACGAGAACUUAAUAGAAAAUACGAGUGGUGUUUAUAACAACAAUUACAUUCUCCAGAAAGAUGUAUAAGAAGGGAUGGAGUUUAUAUGGCUAAAGAAUUCGAAAUUGCCAUUUGUUAUGUAUGUGUCUAUGACUUGCUUCAAGUGUUGUGACAUGUAUUUUAUAGCCAUUAGUUAUUUAUUUAUUUUGUUUUGAUAAAUAGAAAUACCUUAAUCAUACGAAUUUCAAACUUUGUUAAAUAUAAACAUGUAAUUGGAAAGGUCGUUCAUUUUGCAUAACUGUUUCUAAAUGAUGUAUAAAAUGUUGUGUGUUCUUUAGGCUUUUACUAUCUUGAACAUCGUUUGUGUGUCUAUGAAUAUUGUAUGCUUAUGUAUUUUACUAAAUCUCUAAAUGUUCAUUAAAUGUGUUAUGUAAAUAAAUAUUGAAAUUAUUAUUUUAAUUUUGUAAGUCAUUUAAAUAAACAAAUAAGGAAAGUGGAUAUAAAUGUCAAAAGUGGUAUGAUACAUAUGCUACAUGCUAAGUAAAGUGGUAUAAUAUUUUGUUUAUAAUACUACACGUUUUAACUGGACCAAUUGUUCAUAUUUUAUUAAUAUAUACGGCUGCUAGUAAUUUUUUAAUUAUCUUUUCUUUUUAUCUCAUUCAAAGUGUACAACUGUGUAUAAAUUACUUUUUUGAGGUUAUAUGGACAUUAACAAACGCGAAAUGGCUUAUCAUAUAAACAAAUAGAAUAGCAUUAUAGUAAUAAGUAAUUAAUAUGAAUUGAAGAAUGAAAAUAGAA